GUCGCGCUGUCGUCGUUGUCGAGGAUAACUACCGCCUCACCACGCUCUGGAUGCUUUGGAACACUCAUGGAGAAAGAAGUAAACAAUACGUGACGUUGCUAUGUCAUCACGUACUCUACAUAGCACAUUUUCGCGCGGACACGUCAGUUGGGCGGCAACUGAAGCGGUGAUAAUUAAAAUCUCGGACGACAACGAGGCUGGCGGAGAGGUGGUGUUGUUGUUGUUGUUUACGGUCAUGUACGGGAGCUCGAUAUGUACUCUACUGUAUGGUACCUACUAUGCUCUGGUUAGCUCGGUAGCUAUUUUCCGGUUCGAGCUCGCGAAUCCCCUAAGACAGGUCCGGGGCCGUGCUUGUUUACCCAGCACCCAGCAAGCCCAGAGUAACAUGUUGGGUCUAUGUAUGAUAUCUACAUGGAGUGGGAGCACACCGCAUGCUCUACAUGCUCUAGCCACGGCCGGCUACCGUACGUACUCCAUUCGUCUUUAUCGAUUACGGAUAGAUAGCGAUAAAACCCGCCGAAACCAAACCAACCUCAGGUGUCGCAGGAACAUGGGUUAGGAGUGUCUGUACACAAUGUACCUACUUACUCGAUACACUCGGUGCGCGUCGAAUCGGAUCCACGGUUUGGCAA